UCUUCAUUUCAAAGCGUAUUUUACUUGCAAUAUUUGCAUUUCGUAUUUGUUUCGAUAGGAGCACAUCUAAACAUCUUGAGUAAGACGUUUUGAGCACAAAAGUAUAACUUUUGAGAGUGAGAGAUGGAGACGAGUGCCGAGUCUGGCAGCAUGUCGCCGGCGCGCGUGAAGCUGGAGCCCGAGACGGACCAGUCGGAAAUGGCCCUUGUGAAGGAAGAAGCUGUAUUCCUGGAUGAAGAGGCGCGUGUGAAGGAUGAGUGGUCGGGCAGCACGGCCGGGCGCGGCGUGAGCGAGGCAGCCAUGCUGGCCGACUUGUACAUCGAGCACGAGGUGAAGGACGAGCUCGUGCUGGGGCCGGAGCGCCCGCACCGCCCCGUAGCCGCCCCGGCCGCCCUGUCUAAUCGUGUCGCAGCGUCCGCUCUCGUGUCCGCCGAGCCCGCACACACACCCAGUGACAUCGCCACCGUCUAUCAGUGUCACCAUUGCAGCCAACUGUUCUGGGACAAAUCGGCUGUAGAGAAACACGUACACACUCACUCACCUUUACACGAUUCAAAACGACACGAUGAUUUACACAAUCAUCCGAGAACUCACACAGACGAUAAACCUUUCUGGUGUAGUCAAUGUGACUACAAGUGUAAACUAAAAAGUAUUUUACAAUCUCACUUGAUCACUCACACUGACGAGAGACCGUUUAGUUGCAGCCACUGUAACUACAAGAGUAAAACAAAAGGUGAUUUACAGAAGCACCUGAUGACUCACACGAACGAAAAGCCUUUUAGUUGUGGGCACUGUGACUACAAAGGUAGACGAAAAGCAGAUGUAAAGAGUCACCUGAUGACUCACACAGACGAGAAGCCUUUCGGCUGUAGGCAGUGUGAAUACAAGUCUAAAACAAAAUCACAUUUACGGAGGCAUCUCUUGACUCACACAGACGAAAAGCGGGUUUGUUGUAGCCACUGUGACUACAAGUGUAGACGAAAAGAAGAUUUACAGAAACAUUUUAUGACUCACACAGGCGAGAAACCUUUAUAUUGUAACUACUGUGACUACAAGUGUAGAACAAAAGAUCGUAUAAAAUCUCAUCUGAUGACUCACACUAACGAUAAGCCUUUUAGUUGUAGUCAAUGUGACUUCAAAUGUAGACGAAAAUCACUGUUAAAGGCUCACAUGAUGACACACACUCACUCACCUUUACACGAUUCAACAGCAGGAGAUUAUAGUACAAAACGACACGAUGAUUUACACAAUCAUCCGAGAACUCACACAGACGAUAAACCUUUCUGGUGUAGUCAAUGUGACUACAAGUGUAAACUAAAAAGUAAUUUACAAUCUCACUUGAUCACUCACACUGACGAGAGACCGUUUAGUUGCAGCCUCUGUAACUACAAGAGUAAAACAAAAGGUGAUUUACAGAAGCACCUGAUGACUCACACGAACGAAAAGCCUUUUAGUUGUGGGCACUGUGACUACAAAGGUAGACGAAAAGCAGAUGUAAAGAGUCACCUGAUGACUCACACAGACGAGAAGCCUUUCGGCUGUAGGCAGUGUGAAUACAAGUCUAAAACAAAAUCACAUUUACGGAGGCAUCUCUUGACUCACACAGACGAAAAGCGGGUUUGUUGUAGCCGCUGUGACUACAAGUGUAGACGAAAAGACGAGUUACAGAAACAUUUUAUGACUCACACAGGCGAGAAACCUUUAUAUUGUAACUACUGUGACUACAAGUGUAGAACAAAAGAUCGUAUAAAAUCUCAUCUGAUGACUCACACUGACGAUAAGCCUUUUAGUUGUAGUCAAUGUGACUUCAAAUGUAGACGAAAAUCACUGUUAAAGGCUCACAUGAUGACACACACUGGCGAAAAACACAAUUACGGAAGCACCUGUUGACUCACGCAGAUAAGAAGCCUUUUAGUUGUAGGCACUGUGCCUACAAAUGUAGACAAAAUGUAUAUUUAAAAACUCACCUGAUGACUCAUACCGGCAAAUAUCCUUUUAGUUGUAGCCACUGUGACUACAAGUGUAAAAGCAGAGUAAAUUUAAAGUCUCACCUGACGAUUCACACUGAUGAUAAGAGUUUUAGUUGCAGCCUCUGUGACUUCAAGUCUAGACGAAGAGCAAAUUUACAGACCCACUUGAUGACUCACACAGACGAGAAACCAUUCAGGUGUAGCCACUGUGACUACAAGUGUAGACGAAAAGCAGAAUUACAAACUCACCUGAUAAUUCACACUGACGAAAAGCCUUUUAGUUGUAGGCACUGUGACUACAAAUGUAAACGAAAACCAUAUUUAGAAUCUCACUUGAUGACUCACACCAAAGAGGAUCGAGUAAUAAAGUGUUUCUGUCUAAGCAAAAUGUACACCUAGUAUGCAUAGACUGCUAUCUUUCGACACAGGCUUAAAACUUUUGAACCGCAGUUUUUACAAUGUGUUGUGUUAAAAUACUUAAAAUGUCAAAUAUGAAUAUUAGCGCCAACGUCGGCAAACAAACCUACGAUCUGCAUAAUGGAAAGCGGUCACCUUAACCUAUGGACGUUUGCAACUCAAGGGGUGUCACAUGCGCGUUCCUCAGCCGGAGCGUCCGCGGGAGGAAAUUCCUCUGAAACCGCUCG